AUGGAAAGAAAGAAAAAGCCGAAAGACACAGUUUCAGAACUGAAGUGUACAGACAAUGAUAACUUGGGAUUAAAGUUAUGUGAAGAAUGCAUGAAAUGUAAUAGGGAAAAGCUACAAAUUUUGGUUGAAACAGAAAAGGUUGCCAGUUUGGAUUUUGGACCAUCAUUGGAAGUUUAUAAAAGUGAAAUGCGAGACAUUACACAUUCCAUGAUGUCAAAAAUGGAGAUUCUUGAAAAAGCCAUAUAUGCACAAAAUGAAGAAUGGUCAGAUUUAAGAAAAAGAAUGGAAAAUAUAUCUAUAAUUUCUUUAAAACAGUUGGAAGAUAAUGAGAAAAUAACUAAAAAAACAGUUGAAAAAAGUGAACAAGUGUUAAUGAAAUAUUCAGAAGCUGUAAAAGGGAAGGUUGACACUCUUGCGACUGAUGUUAAAAAGAUGCAAAAAUCCAUUUUAGAUACAACUACCAAAAUAGAUAUUAAUAAUGAUAGGGAAAAAAGAAAAAAUAACAUAAUAUUAUAUAAUUUAGAUGAGAAGGAAAAUAACCCCAGGGUAUGUGUUGGCAAACUGUUGAAAGAGAUUGCUGAUAUAGAUUCUGAGUCAGAAGUGGUUGAUAUAUCCAGGUUGGGUAGAAAAUCAGAGGAGGCCAAACCAAGACCAGUUUUAGUACAACUAGCAAGUUUAACUACCAAGAACUUGUUGCUUGCAAACUGUUUUAAACUGAGAAACUCAACAUGUUUUAGUAAAGUUAUAAUAAAUCAUGAUCUAUCUAAGGAAGACAGAAUCAGUAAUAAAAAAAUUCUUGAAGAGAAAAAAAGUUUUGCUGAAGUCAACAAAAGAGGUUUGGUGUUGUACUAUAAAAAUUCAAUAGUUGUUUCUGAGCCAUCAUCUGAUGAUUUCAAAAUUUGUGCAUCAAGCUACUAA